GCUCUCACCUUCCUCUAAGUCCGCGGCGAGACGACACACUGGCUGGACGCGCUGUGCUCCCGGGGCCUCCCUACUCAAACAUCCAACUGGGGAAAGCUAACAGGAAAUGAUCUCGAGUGUCUGCUAUUUGUCGAAGGUUGUGCAAUCUCACUCACGAAGAGUCCUUCCGGGAGGCUCAGCAAGUGAUGGUGGGUCGUGUGACACUGCUGACUUUUCAUAGUAGAGCUGAGAGUAGUGUGACCUGGACAGCGCCUGGAGAACACCUGACACCAAGCACAACUGGAGAAGGUGGCUCCGAGGAACACGUCUCAGAUUCCUUCUUACGAGUGCAUUGAAAUCCUUGGCCGCUUCUUUGUCUAUGGAUGAACAGUGGAGACUAAUUACCUACAUGCGGAUAAUCUUUAUUAACGGACAGGUAGUGAAUAUUUCUCAAGUCAUCUGAGGGCAUACAAGAGAGGCUCGUCCCCCACCACACCACCCUAAUGUGUAGGAAUCAACCACAAACCCAGUCGGGAGACAAGAUGAGGAGUGAGGAGAGAGACAAAGUGCCGUCGUCGCCAGGAGGGAGGGAGGGCCGCCCCAGGCACCAGCAGUUGCCCAGACUUAGGAUCGUGGUACUGGGGGCGGAGGGCGUCGGCAAGUCGGCCCUGACGGUACGGUACCUGACGCGACGUUACAUCAGCGAGUACCGGCGAGCCAUAGACCUGCUCUACCGCCAUACUGUGUCUCUCGAUGACGUCACCUCCGACGUGGAAAUCCUCGACGUGUCACUGCGCCAGCAUGAGAACGAGGGCGUGUCGUCAUCACACACACGCUGGGGUGAGGGCUUCGUCGUGGUGUACUCAGUGGACGACUCCGCAUCCUUCCACGAGGCUGCGGCCAUCCUUGACGCCCUCCAGCGACUCAAGGCGCCCGUCUACGUCCCCGUCAUCCUGCUGGCUAACAAGCGGGACCUCGACCCUGGCAGACAGGUGUCAGUAGAGGAGGGUCAGGCACUCUCACUACAACAAGGGUGCCAGUUCUACGAGGUGAGUGCCGCAGAGAGUCACGUGGGCGUCACUCUGGCGUUUCAGGCACUCCUACGAGAGACCAGGUCCCUACAGCUAACUCGUCCCCUCCCCAGACAGAGACGCAUCUCCAUUGUCGCCGUCUCAAGAAUGAUUGGGUCACUGAUAGGGCGUGGACCAGACCCUCCCUCGCCUACACUCAAGCCCACCGUCAUAGUGAAGGAGUCUGCUGGUAAGAGAACCCUCAGGAGGAAGGACAAGAAGAGACCCUCCCUUAGCCUCUAGGACACCCCCCUCCUCCGUCACCUCUACCCCCAACACACACAAACUCCCGGAAAGAAAAAGAAACUAAAUUUGUACCACAGAUUCUGGGUACAGUUUAGUUCACUCUGCGGUACUCAUGAAACACCACCCGACAAGAGGAUGAGGAGAUGAACUUGUUCGAUCAUAGUAUCCGGUACAGUUUGUUUACUCCCACCGAGGAUCUAACUCAAGGCUACGGAAUUGUGCUGGUUAGAUUAAGUGUCUGGUACACUUUGUCACCUUAACGACCGUAUCAAAAGACUCGCAGAGGACAUUCGGACUUUGUUAUUUUUGUUUUCGUUUCAUUUUUUUAUUAUAUUUUCUCUUAUAAUAAACUACCUGAUGCCAUACUGGAUCAAACUAUGGCACCUUACCACUGUGUUCAUCAUCUGUUCUACUUCAGUUAUCUUAUAGUCUGCUGAACAGUCACUGCCAAUUCGCCAAACUUACGCGAAAAUAAACCUGAAUCUUUAGCGAGGAAAGAAAAUUGAGGUAUCGAGUGACUGAGGAGGAAAAAGGGAAGGAAGAAAAACAAAAACAUUAGGUUAAAAAUGUGAGAAGGUGAGUAGUCAUGUUGUAUGUUGCCUUAGUGAGUAUUGCUCGUUGUUCCGGCCGUCCAGCAACAAGGUACUGACUGGGUGGUUGUGUCGGGUGGGGGGCCGGAUACUCCCGCCUAGCUGUGUGUGUGUGUGAUCUCAGGGUUCGUGCCUCAUCUGGCCUGGUACCCAUCUCUGCAGCCUGUUGUUGUGUUGUGGACGAAGCUGGGAACAAGUUUUCUCAAUCUUUGUACGUUAAUCACUCUUUUCCUAUUACCUAUUGUGGACAUACUUGUUGAGAGAGAGGGACCUUUAAAAUACCAUAGUGAAUUCUGUUCUCUCAAAUUCGUCAACUCAAAAUAUAAAACCACUUUAAUAUUGAGUACUAAAUCAACUAAAAAAAAAACCCACACAUUAAACCAGGAUGUACUGAACUGUUAAAUGUUCUUGAUGUAUAACAAACACACACCGUCACAGGGAAUUACACAAGAGAACAGUGAACAAGUCCAGUAAACGUCACAGCCUAGGUGUUGUUCUUCAGAUGUUAUCACGGCCACCAACUUUUUUUCCCCUACUGGUAGAGUAACACACACACACACACACACACACACCCACACACACACACACACACACCCGACUCUAGUGAAGGGAGGAGUGUUUAACGUGCGAACCUUAAGAGAAUUUCGGCUCCAGAGUCACAAAGGUUUAAUAGAUAAUCGUCAUAACUGGUUGAUUUAAUUUUCAAUAUAAAAACAAUAUAUAAAUCCAAAACACCAUUAAAAUUAUACUAAGACUCAAACUUAACAAAUUAGCAUCAAAUAAGAAAAAUAAAUCAAAGCAACAGAAUCAUUUAGGUAAUAUUUUGUAACCAACCUUUAUUUUGUCUCUUCACUCAUUCAUACUAACUGAACGCCCCCCAGUUAAAGUUCAGAGUCUUUAUGAUAUGAUGAUCUUUUGUGAUCUAGAGCAAAGAAACAUUUAGGUCCAUUUUUGUGUCUCCAUUUACGAGGAUUUUUUUUUUUUAACCUUACGAACUUUUGUGAAUCCCGAUCUUGUUAUGACUCAGUUGUGAACGUGAGAGGAGAUAGGAGAUCACCUUGUGGUAAUUAAUGUGUUAGUGGUAUAUUAAUAAUAAUGUCUGUGAUAAUUAUUUCUUUAUGUUCGAGUCUUCAUUUAACAGUAAAGGGGAUUAUGACAGAGUGUGUGUGUGUGUGUGUGUGUGUGUGUGUGUGUGUGUGUGUGUGUGUGUGUGUGUGUUGCUUCUUCAUGUUUCACCCCUCUGCACAUGCUUGUAUGAGUGUCUGUCGCCUCCCUUAACUCAUUCUCAUCCACACCUGUGUUAUAAUUUAGAACACCAUUUAUAUUACCUGUUUCAGAUGAUAUUUUUGUAAUAAAUUGUAUGUAAGAUUUUA